GGUAGCGGUACCGAUUACGUUCUUUCACCCCGCUUAUUGUCGCGAAACGUGUACGUUCUUUCGAAUUCUCCCUCUAAUAUUUCUUUACUAUGACGUUUAACAACUGUCACAACUAUGCAUUACGGUUACACGCGCAUUACUAAAAGUUCCCUGAUACAUAAGUAAAUCUAUUUCAAAGUCUGAUAAUUUUUCUAAGACUAUGCAAAAUGAAUGAAUGAGAACUCAUUAAUAACUUUGCUACUUCCUUUUCAUUUCAAUGGAAAAAUCUUGAGAUACUUCUUUUUUGUUUUGUGUGAUGUGUAAUCAAAGGGACGAAAUAUCGUCUAGAGGUGCAAAAAAAAGAGACUGUGAUUUGCACGGACAAAAAGACUACAGAAAGUGUUGAUCCAUAUGCCGCCGGCCGGGCUAUCGGCAAGGGGCUUGUCUACCUUGAUGGACCACGGACAACCAGAUGCUCGUCAUCGGAGCGAGCGGUUUCUACUUUAUCCAGAGAAUGGCUCCACAUAUUCUCAUUCUUCUAGUACAGUCACCUUGUCUCCACGAUAUCAAUCUGGAAACAGAGGGAACAAUCAUUCCACCAGUUACGGAUAUUUGUAUGGACGUAUGUCCAGCAACAAUAUGUCUGACAGCAGUGUUUCUGACACACACAGUGGUGGUACUGCAAGAACUGUCUCUCAACAAACUAGUCCAUCCCAUGGAACACAUUCGUCAUCUCGAUCACGACAAGAUAAUAGCUCAACUAUUUUCACUGCACUAUUUGAUUAUGUUGCUCAAGGUGAAGAUGAGUUAUCUUUACAAAGAGGUGAAACUGUUGAGGUUUUGUCUAAGGACUCUAAAAUCUCAGGUGAUGAGGGAUGGUGGACAGGAAAAAUUCAUGGGAAAGUUGGUAUUUUCCCAGCAAAUUUUGUUGCCGAGGUAGAGAGCAUUGAUAGGGUAUCAUCAGUAAUCGAUAAAGUUCAACCGGUUGAAAUAGAUUUUGAAGAAUUGCAAUUAGAAGAAGUUAUAGGUGUCGGUGGUUUUGGUAAAGUGUAUAGAGGGUUUUGGCAAAAGCAUGAAGUAGCUGUCAAAGCAGCUCGUCAGGAUCCAGAUGAGGAGCCUAGUGUAAUAUUAGAAAAUGUCAGACAAGAAGCAAAAUUAUUUUGGUUAUUAAAACAUGAAAAUAUUGUGCAAUUAGAAGGUGUUUGCUUGAAAAUGCCAAACAUGUGUCUUGUCAUGGAAUACGCUCGCGGAGGUAGUUUAAAUAGAGUUCUUAGUGGUAGAAAAAUCAGACCAGACGUUCUUGUAGAUUGGGCAAUUCAAAUUGCUCGUGGUAUGGAUUAUCUUCAUAAUAAGGCACCUGUCAGUCUUAUUCAUAGAGAUCUAAAGAGUUCUAAUGUGUUACUAAGUGAACCUAUAGAAAAUGAUGAUCUUCAAUAUAAAACACUAAAAAUAACAGAUUUUGGAUUGGCAAGAGAAGUGUAUAAAACCACACGUAUGUCAGCUGCAGGAACAUAUGCCUGGAUGGCACCUGAAGUUAUUAAAAAAAGUACUUUUAGUAAAGCUAGUGAUGUUUGGAGUUAUGGUGUACUUUUAUGGGAAUUGUUAACUGGUGAAACACCCUAUAAAGGUAUAGAUGCAUUAGCUGUAGCAUAUGGUGUUGCAGUCAAUAAACUGACACUUCCAAUCCCAUCAACAUGUCCUCAACCAUGGAGGUGUCUCAUGGAAGCUUGCUGGUCAUCAGACAGUCAUUGCAGACCUGGCUUUGCAGAAAUUUUAUUGGCAUUAGACGAAGUACGUAGUGCAUUUGCAGCAACACCACAUGAAUCAUUUCAUACGAUGCAAGAAGAUUGGAGGCUUGAAAUUGAGCAAGUUCUUCAUGGAUUGCGCAUGAAAGAGAAGGCAUGCCGUUCUCUCGAAGAGGAAUUGCGCUGUAGAGAAGAGGAAUUGACAAAAGCACAAGUGCAACAACGACAACACGAAGAAAACUUGCGGCAACGAGAACAAGAGUUAGCGGCUCGUGAAAUAGAUUUAUUAGAACGUGAACUGACAGUGAUGAUAAUUCAACAACAAAAUACACCCACGCCGAAUAAAAGGCGUGGUAAAUUUAAAAAGUCUAGAUUAAAAUUGAAUAAAAAAGAACCAGGAAGUAAUAUUAGUGCUCCUUCAGAUUUUCGUCACACGAUAACUGUUCAGCAUACGGCCUUAGACAGAGGAAAAGGUAGAAAUCCAUCAAAACCAAACAGUCCACCAGGUUCACCUAGUAUUCCAAGACUUCGUGCAAUCGCAUUACCAGCAGAUGGAGUUAAGGGUAAGACUUGGGGACCAUCGACUCUUCAUCAACGAGAGCGUGGAGCUAUAAUCACACAGCCACCAAAUCCUGCAUCGCCCGGUGGCAAACGGUGGUCUCGUUCUGCGCCAGAUCUUGAAAAGACUCCACUGCGUACAGCUUUGCUGGCAAGCGCACAUCGUUCCCCGCUUCUGCAAGAAAUAGGCCUUUCUGAGGAAAGCAUUUAUCCCACUCAUUAUACAGCAUUACCAUCUGAUCUCUCAACCGACUGGGUAACACCGGAUUAUCCUUUAACACCUGGAUUGACUGGUCCUUACAUCAUGCCAAUGCCUGUUCCUAUGCCUACUCUUUACAAUGGUGAAAUGAAAAAACCAAAGUUAAGCAUAAUUGAGCUGGUAUUAUACAAUAUCGCAGCCAUGUUGGCUGGUGUGGCAACAGGGUAUGAUGUACGAAUGUCAAACAUAUCUCCAAUUCAUCCGAGACUACAUCCACGAUUAAAUGAAUGCGAAGAUGAUCUACCAAGAUGGUGGUUUCAUGCAGAAACUGGAUCAAAUCGUAAUUCUGGUUAUCUUGGUCCUGACUAUGAAUUUAGUUCAAGCAGUGGUUAUCCUCAUAAUACUUAUCAUGGACCAGCUCGUCAUUAUAGGCCAUUUUUGAGUAAUAUGGGUGGUAUAGCCCCAGGUCUUCCACCUAGUGUCAUACCAGAUAAACCUUUACGGUUUACAGAUUCUCCACAACAUUAUGUCAGUAGUUCAGGUUCUAAUGCCCCAACGCCAAGCCCACGUAGAAAAAGUAGUAGUACAAGUAAUGAAGAUACAUACCCACCUGAUACGGGUAGAGUUGAACGUAUAGAAAGGGGACCUACAAUCUACAUGGGAAAUGUUGCACCAUUUCCUGACUAUGGACCACCAGUGUAUGCAGUUGUUCCAUCGGUAAGACGCAACCCGCCAGAUACAUCUUAUUUUGUACACCCGGAUUAUCAUGACCGAAUGUUAGACUGUCCUGAAUUUCCACAUGCAUAUGACAAUCCGAGUAGUAUAAACAGUACUGCUCGACCUGCAUCCAGACUUCCUUCGUACACGCAUCAUCGUACCUCGUCGAACGUUUCCAAUGCAAGUACAUCAAGUCAGAGUAACAUUAAUCCAACAUUUCGUUUAGAGGAUGAAGAAAAUUACUCUUUAUAUCCACCAGGUUCCUAUUAUCAACGAUCAUCCAACAUUAUCUCAAAUAUAGCAUUAUAUAAUUCUGGUAUCCUUAAUCAUGAAUAUGGUUCGACAUUUCUAUCACGUCAAAAUUCUCACGAAUCAAAUUCGAAUUCUGGAGAACGUCCAAGUAAUCUUGAGGUAGUGACUCGAUUACGUUCAAGUUUGAAACGAUCUAAUUAUUCUUAUAAUUCCCCAAAUAAAGGUACAAGUAAAAAUAAUUCUGGGUCUUGUACGCCCACGAAUCCUACACCACCAGAUUCAUUAACGUCGGAAGAUUCAAGUUAUGUUUCAGCAAAAGAUAGUCAAAUUUCUAUAAGUAGAGUUCGAUUUUCUCCUGUAACAUUUGAUCGAGAUGGAGUUUCACGCGAUCAUAGAGAAACCUUAUUAGAUAUUCCUGUACAUGGACAAACGCAAGAUGCAACGGUACCUUUACAAGCUAACCGACGUCCGAAUAGAAAUAGAAAACCAAGUAUCUCUGAAUUAGAAAGAGAAUUUUUAUCAUAGCACUGGCUUAUUUAAAAUAAUGGGAAGAUAGCAAGACUUAAUAGCCUCUAUAAUCUAUUAAUUUUGAGAAUAUCAUACAAUGUGUUUUGAGUAACUGAAAGAUUAAUGGAAUGCGGCGAAAUACUAUAAUGGGAAUGUUAUAAGUGCGAUAUAUUACGAUCUACGUCAUUAAAACACUGCCUCCUGUAAAAUGUUUUCAUAUAAUAAUAAUUGCAAAAAAUCUUAUACACUAAGAAUUACAUAUUUUACAUUCCAGUUAACUUGUUAGUUGAGAUAAUCGAGGAGAUUCUAAUAAGAUAUUAGUCUAUUUAUAAUGAAUAAAGGAUCAUUGUGUCUCUUACACUACAAUUUACAUUACAAAAUAAUUCAUGAAAAUAAUAGAGAUAUAUAUAUAUAUAUUCAAAUGACCAUCAUACAAUUACAUUUAUAUAGUAUGAUUUAAAACAACAGUUUCAUAUAUUAUUUGUAAUAUCUUUAUAUAUACAUUCCAUGCAUAUAUAUGUAUAUGUCUUAUCAAUACUGAUAAAAAAAAAAAUGGAAACAAAUAGUAAUAUACAUAUUAUUAUAUUACAAUUUAUGUUCACUUAAAAGUAAUAUUGUAUAAAAAAUGUUUGUUGGAUUUUUAUAUAUUCUUUUAAUUAAUAAACAAAUAACUAUAUUUUGUUUCCUAAUUAGCACGAUUAUAUACAUAUAAAUAUACGUGUGUUUGCAGUAAUGUUCAGUAUUGUAGUAAUAACAUUCCAAUGAAAUUUACAUAAGAUAUAUGGAUAUUAUUUUUUACAACUAUUUGUGACACAGUUAUUCCUCAGUAAUUUUUUAAUUAUAUAUAAUAUCAUUUAUAAUAAUUCUACUUCCUUUGUAGUAUUUAUUUUGAAUUAUAGUAGGCAUUGAAUUAUAUGGCACCUAAGAUUUUUUUAUAUAAUAAUGAGAGCCAUAAAGAUACAAAAUGUUAUUAAAUGAGGUAUUUCGCCGCGGUUUCUAAUAUUAUUUUAUUAUCUUCCCAUGUAAAGUUAAAUACGACACAAUGAAUAUGCAUACUCAUACAAAUUGAAAGAUAUUAGAUAUAUGAUACUAAAUGAUAGGUACCUAUAUAAUAAAAAGUUGUAUAGUAAGAAUUUGUAUGUACUUAUAAAUUAUCAUUGAAGAUAAAUUGUGUACCCAGCUGAGACACUUGUCAGAGUACUUCUUUUUUUAUGUAACACAGCAUGCAUUGAACUGGUUAGUGUGCCUGUAGACCAUAUUAGUUAACAUGCAUAGUACUCUACAAAUGAUACAGUUAUAUAGGGUACAAUCUGUUUAUAAGCGACUUUAGAAUUUAAACACCUCAUAUAAAUAAUCAAUAUUGUACAUACAAAUAAGCACUAAUUGAUAAUUAUCACUUUAUAUUAGAUCAACUAUGCCUACAUUCCUUGUACAAUUUGUAUAAUACAUAUCUUUUAGGUGCAUAUAGAAUUAUAUCAAAGAAUAUACUACAUACACCUUGGAGAUAUGAAAGCCAAUAGUAAUACAAAUGUGCAUACGAAAUACAAUGCACUCAUUAAGUAAGAUAUACUUUCAAUUUGAUAUAUAUUAAAAUUGAAAAGUGUGAAAAGUAAUAGUGAAUGUGUCAUUCACUUAAUAUACUUAUUGACUACUAAAAGAACUAACUAAACAUUUUAAGGAUAUGUAUUGUUAAUUUAUUAUUAAUAAGUAGUGCCUGAAAUUACUAUAUGGUACGCAUAGUGAGUUGGAUUAGAUCAGUAUUCAUCCCUCACAUAUAAGGCAAAGUUGCCACAUGAAAAUUGGAGUAUGAAAGUAUAAACAUAGGAGACAGUUGGUAGUAUGCACUCAAAAAGUGCAAAAUUCUCUUACAUAUAUGUAGUAUGAGUAAUACAAAUCUUAAUGACAGGUAAUAAUUAACAUAUGGUUUUAAUUUUACAUUAAAAAUCAAUCAAAAUCUAUCUAUAUGUUAUGUAUAUUUUAUACUAUGUUUUAUACAAAUCAAAAGUAAUGUCUUUAUUUCUACAAUUAUACAUGAAAUCACAUCAGCAUGAAAAAUAUAUAUGAAUUUUCUUUUAAAAAGGUACAAUUGGAUAAACAUGAUACUUUCCUGAUUGAUAAAGAUCAGUAUUGUAGGAUAUACUGCAAUGUACAUAAAAUACAGUAGGAAUAAAAUAAAAAGGAAAGUGCUUCUAAAGCAUCAUUUUUUACAAUGGAAUGUUUUUAAAUUGUUAAAUUUGUAGUAAUAGUAUAGUUUUACCAAUAGAUCUAUUUGAUCUAUUAUACUAAUACCAGUGGUAUAUUAUCUAUAAAAUGUAUCCGGAUUGAUUUGAUUUAAAAUGCUAAUAUGACAUUUCACUAGUGAGAUCUUUGUUGAGAAAAGAUUUAUGGAAGUUCAGUAUGCAUUUGAAUCUUUGUUAAGUACAGAAAAGUGACACAUUAUUACAUGAAAUAAAUCAUUUGAGAGAUCUUACAUUUUAUAAUAUAUAUAUAUAUAUACAUAUAUAUUAUGUAAUAUAGAAAAAGAUUUAGGUAAAUUGGUUAUAUCACAUAAUAAUAUCAAGCUAAAUAAUUUAUAAUGGGUAUACCUUUCUGUGCCAUACAAAGACAUUUUGCGGUGCUAGUAUCACAUAUUUAAUGUAAGUGACACAAAAAUUCAAAAUGCUUCCAAAAUAAUCGAGAAACGUUUAACAAAAUUUUAGAAUGCUAAUAUCAAUAACUGUUAAUAGUUACGAUAAUUUAAUUCUAUAAGAUAUAAUGCUCGGCAGCUAUCAAUGUAUGAAUUGUAUAACGGCGUACGAUCGCCACCUGUGCUAGUCUAAGCUAUAUUUAUUUUUUAUAUAUUAUGACUUGUUUAGAUUAAAUUAUAUAGAAGAAGAA